AUGGACGGCGGGCAAGCCGGAUUGAGUUUCGAGGAACGUAGGCUAUUUGCCCCUUCCGACGAAGAUGAUAAAUCUCCGGCCCACACCCGGUCCGAAGCACCCUUGGGGAAACCUGCUCGGUGGCUCGCCCGGCUCGGCUCUGAAGAGUGUGGAGUGGCGCUGGUCUGCGCUGAAGUGGAUGAGGAUCGUGAGGGCGGCCCUGGGCUGAAAACUUGGUUCGGCGUUGUUGCCAUGGGUGUGGUCUCCAUGAUAAUCCUUGAUUUGGAACAUGUCUCCCGGACGCCGAUUUCGUCUCGGAAGUAUGGCCCGUGUAUCUCCACCCCAUUCAACCAGUCGCAAGUCACCAUCCGAGUUCUCCUCCGCGCCGAGACGCGCUGCGACGAGAAGCUCAACGAGUUCCGUGCGCGACGCAGUUUCUAG